AGCUCGACCCAUCUUACAUGGUGCCACCUGUGUCCCACCGAUCUGGUGUUUCCAUCUGAAAAACACUGACGCCAAGAGAAGCAGAAUGCACAUGGCCGACAUAUCCAUAGAUCCAUCCGCUGCACACCAAAUGCCUUGCUUCGCUCAUCUCCCCACACUGUAAUUACUCCAUUCCAUAAAACCUCUAUUAAGUAGUAAAAGCAUCAGUGCUAAGCAGAGCAGCUAGAGAGUGAGGUUCUAGUGUACCUGUGGCUGAGUAUUUCAGAAGAACAGCUAGCAGCAAGGAGUGUCCAAUCUAGCAAUCCCAAUGGAGGAGGACAUGAUGGGAGUCGGCUUCGAUUUCUACUGGCACUCGUCGCCUCAGUUCCACCUCGAGCCCCUCGACCUCGACGUCGUCGACAGUAUGUACGUUCCGCCGAACGAGGCGGCAGAGUCACUGUCCGGUGUCUGCUCGUCGUACCACGAGGACUCGAGCUCGCCGGACGGCGCGAACACCUGCUCCACGGCGGCAGUGGCGAUGUCACCGCCUCCGCCGACCGCGGCGGGGAGCAAGAGCGUGGCGAUGGAGAGGGACCGCCGCAGGAUGCUCAACGAGAAGCUCUACGCGCUCCGGAGCGUCGUACCAAACAUCACCAAGAUGGACAAGGCGUCGAUCAUCAGGGACGCCAUCGCGUACAUCGAGCAGCUGAAGGAGGAGGAGCGCCGGAUACUCGCCGACAUAUCCGCCCUCGAGUCCACCGCCGUGAUGCCGGGAAAGGAAACGAAGAGGGUUCCAUCAUUCUCAUCCACCAAAGACGACGCCCCCCGCUGCGCAGCCUCACCGCCGGUCCGAAUCCUUGAGGUGGAGUUGUCGGAGGCGAGGGAGAAGGUGGCGGUGGUAAGCGUGCGGUGCAGCCGGGGCAGGGACGCCGUAGCCAAAGUGUGGCGGGCGCUGGAGCCGCUCCGCCUCGACGUCGUCACAGCGAGCAUCGCCGCCGCCGGCGACAUCGUCGUCCACACCAUGUUCGUACAGGUAACGUCCGUCGUCCAACAACUGCAGCAACAAUUAUUACGACGUCCAUGCCACGUUGAAAUCGUGGUUGCCCGCCCGCUCGCGACCCUUUUCGCUUAUGAUUGUCCUCGAUGUCUCCGUGACUCUGGGUCCUCGGGUCCCGUGCCGUCACGGGGAUGGCAGAUACACAUGGCGCGCCCUUGGAUGAAAUUUCAGAAACCUUUUGCACCACAAGAGAGGAAUGAAGAAACGCUAGGGCGGCGCAACAAUUUCGUCCGUAUAUAAUUCCUAGUCAUUUUCUUAUUGCGAAGAGGUUUUUGUUAAUUUGGUACAAGAAUUGUACUAAGACCCUCCCAAAAAUGGACCAUCGUUUAAUUGAGCCACGAUGCUACGAAUUACCAGAUAUUUUCGCUAGCGCUAUUGUGCACGGUCACCGUCCACACAUACAUUUUUCGCCACGUACGUGAUUCUGGACUUGAACGUGGCUCAACUGUCCUUGCCCUCUCCCUCAUGUAGUGAACUUGCAUUGCAUCUCAAACCAUAAAAAGUGAACCAGUGUGGACAAAGGACUUCACACGUAUGAUGCGUGCAUGUCCGGUCCAGAACUGACCGCUCUGUCGCCUCUUGUGCGUUACGAGCUGUCUCGGGGGCAUCGUAAGUCAUUUUCCGGGACGCUCUAUGGUGCGAAAGCAGGCAUCAUUACAAGUAAGCGCUCCUCCAACCAACAAUUAUAGCUGCUUGCUACCAAUAAUACCUACAAGGUACUUCCGCGUCAACUAUAGAGUGUAAAAGGUCACUUUUCUGGCAGUCUAUCUUUAAAAUAUUCAUGCAAGCAUUUCUAAAUCCCACAUGUCAAGAUUAAAUAAUCAAUUCCCUCUCUUCUCUCGCAAGUUGUUUUUAACAGUAUGACUCCAUCUGUAAAAUCUUCAUUGGAGGUCUUGGGGCACAACCCCCGGACUCUCGCAAGUUUCUCUCUCUCCUCCCUCAUCAAUCUCUCCACCGGAUGGCCACCCAUGCCUCCGCGCGGAUGGCCAACAACACCCUCCUGACACCAUCGUCGAUUGGAUCCACCACCGGGCACCGGACUCUUCCACUACGUACCAUACCAACUGUCACCAGUUGCUUCCUCUUGCGCCAGGUGUGACCCUCUCUCCUCAUCCUCCACCCACCGUCGGUUGCCUCAUCCAAAUCCGCUAUGCCGCAGCUGCCUUCUACUCUGCCACCAUCAGCACCAUGUCCAUGCUUCCAACUCCAUGGACUGCCACCCAUGGGAUCUAUCUGCUCCCCAUGCAUCUCCGCCUUCACAUACCACUACGGUGCCACUCCCGUAGAAUUCGAGCCGAUGGACCCACCGGUGGUCCUCUCUGUCCACUCCCAUUGGUCGGCAUCCACCAUGCCCAUUCCCCUCGGCUUCUCUCUGUGAUAAUGCAAGAGGAAAGAUAAAGGACUACUACAAAAUGCUUCAUUCCAAAUGGCUGCAAAUGCACAUCCUAGACGGUUUUCCUUCUGUCUGCCCUAAAGUAUCUGUGAUGACUCCUCUAAUCAUAGAUGACUAUGGAACUGCCUAAAAUGCAUGUUAUCAUAUAUGGUUAUAUGGUAAAAAUCAUCAGUUAUAAGUGGAGUUAUCACAUAUGGUUCUUAAACAAAAACUCACUUUCUUGCGCUGAAAGACCUAAAAGCAAUUUGCACCCAAACCACCCCUAUACUAUCUACACAGCCAUGUGUUGCAGGUUAGAACUUGUGUGAUUUCAAAAGAGUGUGCGGUUGCAAGGACUCGAACACAUGGCCUUUUAACUCUGAGCAAACCCUCCUAACCUUGAUUGUUGAUUGCAAUGGGAUAUGUAUUUCUUUUAACCCUUAUGGUCUGAAUCUGUAGGAAAUUAUUUGAGCACCUAAAUAGCUUUAAAUGGAAAAGUUAUUAACUACAAAGUUAUAGAUCUGGUCAAGAUCUAAAAUUUUGGUAGAAAAUUGUUUUUCAUCCGACUUUGUAUGAAUAUAUUGUGAAUUUCCAAAUAUCUCACUUCAAAUAUAUAA